AACUUCGUCUGUAUUGUUUGGAUUAUAUUUAUUACAAAAUAAUACUUCUGCAACGAAUUGUUGUUAGCAAAAUAUAUUUAUAUUAUUUUGGACUAAAGGUUAUGAAAAGUAAUAUCAUUCAAUAUUAAAAUAUUGCUGAGUUGGCUCAAACAUUGAGCCGUCAGUCUGCCGUAACGUGGCGGCGCUGCGCUCGUGUGUGCCGCAGGAGUGGCCCGAACCGAACUGUCAUUGUUCAUGUAGUUUUCUGUGAUAAGAAUUACUGUGAAAUUAUAGUUUAGCGCAUUAAAUUAAUUAUAUCCAUCACGAUGUCUGCUUCUGGUGAAUUCGGUAAUCCCUUACGUAAAUUCAAGCUCGUUUUUCUUGGAGAGCAAAGCGUGGGCAAGACUUCGCUGAUCACUAGGUUCAUGUACGACAGCUUCGACAACACAUACCAGGCAACAAUUGGAAUUGACUUCCUGUCAAAGACAAUGUACCUGGAGGACCGUACGGUGCGCCUGCAGCUGUGGGACACAGCGGGACAGGAGCGCUUCCGUUCCCUAAUACCCUCAUACAUCCGGGACUCCACUGUUGCUGUUGUUGUCUAUGAUAUUACCAAUGCAAACUCAUUCCACCAGACGUCGAAGUGGAUCGAUGACGUGCGCACAGAACGCGGUUCUGACGUCAUCAUCAUGCUGGUCGGUAACAAGACGGAUCUGUCUGACAAGCGGCAGGUUUCCACUGAGGAUGGGGACCGCAAGGCGCGUGAGCUGAACGUCAUGUUCAUUGAGACUAGUGCCAAGGCAGGAUACAAUGUGAAACAGCUGUUCCGACGAGUUGCCGCCGCCCUACCCGGCAUGGAUUCGGCGGAGAACAAGCCUCCUGAAGACAUGCACGAAGUGAUUCUGCGCCAGGCGCCUGGAGACAACAAGGAGCCCGACAGCGGCUGUGCCUGCUAGCUCCCGGGACUCCGCCCUCCGACCUCCGCCCUCCGCCCUCCGCCCUCAGCCCGCGUCGCCACGCCUACCGCUCAGUGCAGCCCAACCUUCACAACAGCCACAUUGAUACGUACGACUUAAAGAGUUGCAUCUUUUAUCUUUGUACAGAUGUAAUUCUUUUCGCCGGAUUGUUUGAGAUGUCUUUAGAAAUGCUUUGUUUCGUUACUUGAAAGUCUUAAUUAAGUUUUCUAGAAGUUUUUUGUAUUUAUUUCAAAAGGUUGGGAACCACUCUUAAGGCAACUAAGGAUUACAUCGUAACAGGGAAUAUGUUACCGUAUCUCUUGAUGUGAGAAAAUGGAACGUUUAUGGAUUGUUUUAGGGUUCAAUAUCGCGCUACAAUCUCGCUAAAUUAAAUCAAUUGAACGUAUGUAAUGGUGUAAUCGAUAGUGUCGUGUAUUUGUCGCCUUAAAUAUGAAGAAAUGUAUAAAGGCAUGAGUUUCAAUUAAUAUCAAAGAGAAUAAUAGGAAUACGUUUUAGGGUUCAUUUAGACAAGCAGGAAUCGUUAGAACUGCGGUCGCGUCAGAGCGAGACAAACGUAUGUAUUUCCCAUAAGUUUAUCUCGCUCUGACAGCCGAUGACUGUUCGUACGAUUCCGGAUAAUGUCUUAAUUAAGCUUUUUGCAUCGGCAGUGAAACCCCACGGUUACAAAUCCUUUCCCUAAUUUGAUAAUCUUCUUGAUAUUUUUGAUUAACAACUUUUUUUCAAGUUGUGGCAUAUUUUGGUUUAUAUCUUGUUUGGUUUUCAAUAUUAUUUAGUGUCAAGUGGUUUAUAGCGUUUCAUUGUUUAAGGCGACAACACGAUCUGAUAUCUUAAUGUACUUGUGUCAGCUUAAGUGAUAUUAGUUGAUAGCGUACUCUCAGCUGGUCCGGCUCACUGCAUCAUAUGUUGUAACGCAACUAUUUUCUUAUUGAUAGUUUAAAAAGAAAGCCGACUUCAUAAAAAAAACAUUCGCAAACAAAAAAAAUAUUAAUAACAAAUUAAGUUUAUCAGUUUAAUAAACUAAUAGGCUCCAAAACUGACAUAAGUUGAAAAAUUAUUUUACUGUGGGGUAGUUACACUAUCCCCGGGUCACAUAGGCUAUAUUUUGACUUGUUUUUAGGUUUUCGUACCUCGAAAGGAAAAAAAAGGAACCCUUAUAGGACCACUUUGUUGUAUGUCUGUCUGUCAAGACCCGGUUUUUAUUCCGCGCGGAUGAAUUCCUUGAAAACUGGUGUAUUCUAUACAUGUCUUUAUAAUAGCUUUUAGUAAGCGUGAGUUAAAAUAGUUGCGUUCCAAAGAUAUUUGCUUUCCGCGCAAUAAACGUGUUAAGUAAGCUAAAUGUUUUAGGUCUAUAAGACUGAACUAAUAUCCACGGAAGAAUAAAGGCCGAUGUACACGGACUAUUUCAAGCAAUUGUUGGGUUAUUAGCGUUUGAAUUUAACUAUACACGGACCGCCGUUUGCUUAUAUUGCUGGUUGUUUGUAGCUGUCUUUAUAUGUUGACCCUAAGGCGUUAAUAAUUUGUAAAGCGCUAAAAAAUGUCAAUUGAAUAAAGCAAUAUUGUACACUUACGACUCUUUACAUUUGUAUUUUGUGGACGAGGCGUUUUUACGUCGUGCAAUUUUAUUACCAUUUAUUUACAAACAACGAGACGCUUUUUUUCGAUGAAAUUAGUAAAAGUUAGGGUAAAUUUAAGGGCUGUUUACGAUUUGUGUUGAGAGAUUGCGAUUGCGCCAAGCGUAGUUUACAGUAGGUUAGCAUUUUUUGGGAGCUGUUCUGUGUUGUAUAUAGCACGCGUCUGUGUGGACCUCUAUACUAUUUGAAAUUACCAAAAUAAAAAUAAAUAAGCAGUAAUAAAUGUUUUACUUUAAUACCACAUUAUAUAUUUAAAAAGAGAGGUCCCACAGUAAUUGUAUAUUAAGUAUUUAUUACUUUAGUGCUUAAGGCAAAAAAAAUCUUAUGACUUUAAUAAUCAGACUACUUUUUUCUAUUAGUGAUAUUUUCACCGCUAGCCUUCUUAUGACAUUUACAUAAUAUAUUAUGUAUUAAUUUACACAUUAUGUGUAUUUUGAGAUGCGUCAUUCCAGCGAGCUUUUAUAUAUUCGGUAACAUUUGGACAUGGGCGUUUGCAGAUUUUGAAGAGAUUCAUAAUAUAUUAUAGAUUUAUUUAUAUUGUGAUUUAUUAUAUGUUUUCUUUUUAAUUUUAGAAUUAUAAAUCUUACUUUAUUAGUUAUAUUCCCAAACGAUGAGCAAUAUUUAAUGAAUUCCAUGUUUAUUUAUGUUUUUUUUUGUAAUUUUUUUAAGUAAUAUACGAAUUUGCUGACCGUACAUGACUUGUUUUGUGUACCGUACGGCUUGCAGUUGAAUUGAGGAUUGUUCACCUUUUUAGUAGAUUAUUAAUGUCUGCUCGAUUUGAUAAUCUCGUAUGUUGACAUGUGUAAAUAUCAAGUACCGAACCUCACGCUGAUAAUGAUUUUAAUAAAAACUUUAAAACACCUU